AAAAAUCUUUGUAUCUUCCUUCCGGUAAAACUGGAUGAGUGGAAGCUGCAGCUCAUUUAUUUGUUGAGGCGCUUCUCUGGUGGUCUUGGAUUAUUAAAAAAAACCCAACUGUUUAGCAGUAAACAUCCAAAAUGCAGACCAUCAAGUGCGUAGUUGUGGGUGAUGGAGCAGUGGGUAAAACCUGUCUUCUCAUCUCGUAUACAACAAAUAAAUUUCCAUCAGAGUAUGUUCCAACGGUGUUUGACAACUAUGCUGUGACUGUGAUGAUUGGAGGGGAGCCCUACACACUGGGACUCUUUGAUACAGCAGGACAAGAAGACUAUGACAGAUUGCGUCCUCUUAGUUAUCCUCAAACAGAUGUUUUCCUUGUCUGUUUCUCAGUUGUGUCACCUUCAUCAUAUGAAAAUGUCAGAGAAAAGUGGGUACCAGAGAUCACACACCAUUGCCAGAAGACUCCAUUCCUGCUGGUUGGUACCCAAAUAGAUCUACGGGAUGAUGCAGGCACAGUAGAGAAGCUGGCAAAGAACAAGCAGAAACCGAUUACAGUAGAUAUGGGAGAGAAGUUAGCACGUGAGCUCAGGGCUGUCAAAUAUGUAGAGUGUUCUGCCUUGACGCAGAAAGGGCUUAAAAAUGUCUUUGAUGAAGCCAUUCUUGCAGCCUUGGAGCCUCCAGAGCCCCCAAAGAAGAGGAAGUGUGUUAUCCUGUGAGAGAUCCUGCAGACAUAGCAAAGACUGAAGGGUCAGGGAACAGGAUUUGAUUUUGCAGACAGCAGCAUCAACACAAACAGAAUGUUGCUUAUUUAAAGCAGUGUUUUAAAUCUUAGCUGCAUUUACCUAUGGUCAGUUGCCUUUCAUCUGUGUGAAGGUAUGGGAACAAAGGACUCUCCAAAUUCUAUAAAAUUAAAAAUCAUCGAUGUAUUAAAGAAUAAUGGAUGGUGUUCCUGCUUUUGAGAUUUUAAGUAAAAUGUUUCUUAAUGGAGGAAGAUUUUAUAAAGCUGUAUAUGGUUAAGAUAGUCUCACAUGGGCAGUGUAUUAAUGCAUUACAGUGAAAUGUGUAGGUGACAUGAAUGUUAAAACACCCAAUGAAUAUAACAUUUGACCAUCAACCUUGCUUUAGUGGCAUGUUAAAAAACUGGAGAGACAAUGAUGCUUCAUCACACAGUAAGAGGAUUAAAAUUUCUAGCAACAAAUAUUGUUCAGCGUGUACCUAAUCAGUGUUCUUUUCCCAGUAUGCAUAGACAAGGUCAGCAAGCUGUUCUUUGUACUUCAGGAAGACUUUUUGAUGACAGUUUGAAAUCUGCGCUUUUAAAUGAAAUAAUCUUAUCAGUGCAAGAAACAUGCAUUGGGAGAUAACUUUGCUCACAUCGAGGCUUGCCUUUUACAGAGUUUGGGAAAUGACUUUGAUUCAUAAUUGACAUGAAACAAAGUCAGUCCAUGAUAAAAAUUAUUUUUAUCAUGGAGGGGGAAAUUUUUCCCUUUUCCAGCUAAAACAAUCACCAUCAUAUCUUCUUGAAACUGUCAUAAAUGACUUCUUUUCUUCCAGUUUGGUUCAGCCUGCACUUUUCAGGGGUGUAAGCUGUCUAGACUAUAGAGAGAACUGUAAUGGUUCCUAUUUUUCGAACAGUUUCUUUUUUUUUAAAGCAACCAACUGUAGUAAAUGUUUAGUGUUGAUCAAACAUCAUCGACUCAUGAAAACUACACAUUAGCUAUGAAUGAGUUUUUGUUUUUUUGGUCUGAGAAAGAGUUACUAGUCUCCUUCCGUGUAACAGCAUAAACCAUUUGUGUGUUUAUCAUUUGUUUCUUGGCCAAAUUCAGGUCAGCGUUUUAUUUUUUUAAUCCCCUCGGUUAUGCUGCAAUCUUUACCCUUCGUUGAGUUGGACUAAAAUUAGCAAAGCAUAAUGUGGUAAGGUCUAAAGCAUCGGCUCAUUACCAUGUAGUCUACAGAAUGUUAUAAAUACUAAUGGUACAUACCUAAGUCUGCACUCUGGUUCUGUCAUCAAUACUCUUUUCACUCCUUGGAACGGGGUGGCUGGUUGCACGUGUUGAUCAGAUUGCAUUUGUUGCAGUCUUACUGGUGUCUCUUUGAUCUCUUGAAGAUUAAGAGAUUUUGAUUAGAAAUGAAACCUCGUCUUAAAUUUAUAAAAUAAAAUUUAUUUUAGGGAUUGGGGUAGGGGAAAAAAGGAGCUGCUUCUUUUCUUUGAAGAACUGUACAUUUUUGUCAAGUAGAGUUCAUGAGUUAUUGUCUUUGAAAGAAAGAAAAUAUGCUUGUGCUUUUACUGGCAGAUACAUGUUGCAUAAAGAUAUUUAAGCAUUAGUUUUGCUUGAGUAAUUUAAAAGCGGCUUACAUUCUGUUGUGAAUUAAUGAAUCAAUCAAAAUUGAAGAUAGUGAUCUUUGUAAAAUGGUAGGCAUUGUUGUCAUCCAUUAAUAAAAACUUAAAACCUGUGCACUGUAGACUUUGCAUUUAAAUUAAAAUAGAUACAAAGCACAUUAAGCUAAAGCUGAUUUUUAUGAAAUUUAAUGCAAGUAAUGAUAGCAAUGCACUUUCAUGUUUUAAUGUCCAGCUGUAGUUAGAAAGGAUUAAAACAUUUAGUAUAUUUUCCAUAAUAUAUAAUAAAGUGAAGCUAACAGUCAAUGCUCUUUGUCUGUUGUCUCUAAUAUACUCACAGUUUAAGGAGUAAUGACAAUUUCGUUAUAUCUGUAGAAAAAUUGAAAUCUAAAUCUCUCCAGUCCUUUGAUUUGAUACAUAUAAAAGAAGUUUGCUGGACAUGGGAAGAGGGAGGAGAGGUACACACACUAUAAGAAAAGACUUUGUUCCUUUCUCAUGUUAAAUUAUAUGUGUAUAUAAUGUAUAGUCAGGACAACUCAUUUCUAUGUGGCUUUGAGAAGCAUUGCAGUAGGUAUGUGAUGGUGUUACAGUACUGUAGAGUUUUGUACAGACCAGUAUUUAUGGCUGCCUUUUUGCAUGAGUCAGAUUUUCCACACUUUAGAUUUCUUUGUUAUAUUUUGUUGCUGUAAACAUUUUGUCUUUGGCAAAAGUAGGCAUUCUUCAUGCUUGACUGUUAGAGCUGAACCAGCACAAGGAGUUGGACAAUGUAAAGCAGUGAUCAAGACUGCUCUCAUGACAUUGCCUUAGCUCUAAUUGCUUUUUUUUCGUUUUAAAAAGGAAAGUAAUGUUGUCUUGUACUUAAUCAGGUUAGAGCUGUUGAGCCCAGUCACUACAUUUUUUUCCAGUUUGCCUCUGAUAAAAGCAGAAAAGAAAAUUAUAGUGCCAUAUGUCUUCCCAACCAAAAGGUGACAUGGAAAGAAAGUUACUAGCUUGUAUUGAACCAGUGACCUGUAGCAUUAUGGUGUUGAUAAGUUUUCUUGGAAGAAGACUUUCAAGGAUGUUGAGGUGUCCUGUAAACAAAGUAUAAGAGAUGAAGAUUAUAAUUGUCACAUCUAUUGCAGAACUGUGAAAGCAGAGGGAGCUUGGAGCCUUAGUGCUAGAGUAGCAGCUGUAAUCAGUAGAGCUACCAGACUAAUGUACUGCUAAGAACAAACAGUAGUUUUUAAAUUCGCUGAACAUAAGAAGCACAUUUAGAUUCAGGAUACCUGACAUAUCGAUGUUGGAAUGUGUAGAGUGCAGAUUUAGGGUGGUGAUUUGGCAUAGGCUAUGCAUCUACAAAGUCUUCUGUGCAAGUAAUUAAAAGUUACAUUAAUGUUGGGUUAACUUUAUAGGUUAUGUAUUACUUGGACGAAUAUUUGAUCAGUCAAGUGAAUGCUGAUCUGAAGCUCACUUUAAAAAAAGAACAUGAAGUCGAGUGCCUCAGAACUACGUUAGAUUUUAAAAAUUCGGUUUUACUUAUUUAUUUUGUGUAUCGUUUCUUGCAUGGGGAGGAAAUUGUCAUUUGAAAGAGGAUCAUACCAUAGAAAUGUUAAGUAGUGGGUGUGGCUUUCUGGGACUUUUCUUUCUAUUGACUUGCAUCUGUAUGAACGUUGCAUGUCCAUUUUUUCAGUGCUGUAUCCUGUGUAUACCUUAUUUGUCAAUAAACAUGCCUGUUUUAAACUGUA